AGUCAAACAGAACGACAUCGAGCGUUGUGCAGUUGAGUUGUAGAGAGUGUGGAACGCAAGUGGAUUGUAUACUAAAGACGAGUCUGAUUUGUGGAUUAUAAGAGAUAAAAUGCGCGCUCUGUUGAUAUUUGCUCUGCUUGCGCUGACUCAGGCCGCGCAGCUGGAUAAGCAGGAGCCGAAUGAGCUGCCCGCGCACGUGCAAACGCUGAUAACGAAUCACAUCAAUCAAGUGCUGGCGCAGACGCCGCAUGGCCAGAUUGCCACUCUGACGGGCCACGUGCCGCAGGCUGGGGCAGCAGCCAAAAAGGGCAAUGCUGUGGCCGUGCCCCAUUUGGACUUGCUGCCGCCGCACGCGGAGCCAACGAAGCUGCCGCAGGUGAUAAAUCAUCGGGCCACGGCCACAUGGCAGCACGCUGCUGGCUACAACAAAGUGGUGAUGCCGCCAGUGGCUGAAAUCGUGGUCUCAGUGCCCGGCCAAGCGCCGCUGGACAUUGGCGACAAGGUCAGCAAGGUGCAGCAAAAAGUCGCCUAUGUGAUGCAACAGGCGCAGACGCACAUACCCAAUGCCAUCAAUCAGGCGAUCAAAGAGCGCCAAAAGCUCGAGGCGCAAAAGCACAAACAAGACAGCACCACCAGCAGCAGCACCAGCAGCAGCAGCACCACAACCACCAGCACCACCACCAACAAGCCAGCCCACCAUGCUGCUCGCCUGCUGUCCGAUGUCGAGGAAGUGCCCAAGCUGCUCGACCAUCAGCUGGAGCUGAAGAAGCUGGGCAAAUGCAACUACCAGUGCCCAGAGAAAUCCCUGCCCGUCUGCGCCUCCAAUGGCAACUGUGUGGUCGAGUUUGCAGGACAAUGCGAGCUUAGUGAAUGGAACUGCUUCAAUACCAAGAAUGUAUUCACUCAAGUGCAUGAUGAUGAGUGCAAUAAGACCAUCAAGUGUUACGAUCGUGAUAAUGCUUAAGCAGAGCAAUGGACUGGAUAAACUAAAGUAGAAGAGAGAGAAAGAGAGAGAGAGAGAGACAGAGAGAGAUGCUGGAA